AUGGAACUUACACACGAACAAGCCGGUGCCGCGAAGAAAGACGAACAAGCCGGUGCCCCGAAGAAAGGCAAAACACCCAGCCCAUCUAAGAAGAGAAGCCGCCCAUCUGGCAAGGGCAAGAAAGGCAGCCCAAAGAAGGCGGAGGGCGAUGAAGACAAUUCUCGCAAAAAGCGAGCUCCGCCCACUGUGAACGAGCAAGCCAAUGCUACAAUGGCAUCUCUGUAUUGGGAUCUGAACUACGCAUCCGUGUUUCAGGCAAUCAUCAAUACUGCUACGGAUGAGGGUAACUACUACCACGAGGAAUUUACUAACUAUGCCAAUCUGAAGCAGCAUACCUCCAUGUUCAUCAACAACGGAGUCCAUGACUAUAGGCAAAUCGCUUAUGCAGGACUGAGCACUCGAGCUACUUGGUUCAUUGAUAAAUACGGUUGGCAGAUGUUCGCUAUCUGUGCACAGUCUGAAAGCUUCCAGCUAGCCACCACAGGCUUCGACGCUCCAAACUGGCUUCGAUUCGAUGAGCUUAUGACCCAGAACGCUCGCAGCGUUCUUGUAUUUGCUCGUUCUCGUGGGCUAGAGUGGCGUGGAGCUCUUUUGUCAUACGUGCAAUACGAUAUACCUAGUCUCAAUGUCGCUUUGAAUUCUGAUAUUGACCUCGGACAGGAGCAUCCCCACCACACUGUGCAACUUCCGGAUGGUCAUCUCAAACGACCAAUCUGCAAUGGACGGGCUCAGGUCAACAUGAACUCUUCAAGCUGGAAUCCUGCCAACUUCCCUGACUACGAAGGCGAAAAUCCAGCUCUGCGCCAGCCCGAAUGGAAUGCUUGUGCAAUUUGUCACUCUAAGCCGCGCUGUCAGUGCCGCCUUACAUCUCUAGCGGGUGACAUGGUGGAGCUAGUUGAGGGACCAUUAGGUACUGGAGUUCGAUCGCUCGCCAACUUCAAGGCAAAUGAUGUUCUAGGCGAGUAUGUCGGUGAACUGGCCCCUUACCGCAGCGGUAUCGAGGAUAAUAUUUAUGCGAUGAACAACGGGGUUGAUGUAAUUGGCGAUGAUGGGCAAUACCAGCACAUAUACAUUAAUGAUAUCUUUCCCAGUGAGCGUGGCAACUGGACGCGCUUUAUGAAUCACCAUUGCAAUUCAAACGUCGAGUUUCGUGGAAGCAUGGUAGGUGAUCAGGCUAUUGUCAUAGUCAAGGCCAUACGGGAUAUAGCUAUGUUUGAGACGAUCACUGUCCACUAUGGACAUAAUUACUGGUCAUGUGCGGAGUAUGACUGUCUUUGCGGGGCUCCCAACUGCAUACGACCCCCAGGCCGUGUUUUUGAUGUCUCUUCCACAAGUUCCCUUACUUCUAUGGACUCUAAAAUGGACAUCGACUAA